UGGUUAGACAGAAGACAUGUAGCAACCCACAAAGGAACGGAUUGUUAAUCGGAAAAAACUUCAGUGGAAAAUUGAGAUGUUUGCCAAGCGAUUGUGGAAAGGAAAGCCAACGCCUGGACAUGUGACUCGUUCACAAUCCAGCAACUCUGGGACCAAUCUUGAUACGUCUUCUACCCAGCAGAUUGAAAUGAGUGACGGUGACGCGCGACCGCGUAUAGGGAUUGACUUUGGUACGUCGUCAUGUUUAGCGGCGGUGUGUCAGGGGGGGGUGGUCCGUGUCAUACCGGAUUCCGGAGGAAAACUCUCGACUCCAUCUCGUGUCGCAUUCACAGACAAGAAGCGCUUACUGGGAGAGCAAGCACAGAGUCAGGCGGUGCGAAGACCGGGGAACUUGCUAUACGAGGUCAAACGCCUUCUUGGACGGAAGUACGACCGGAUCACUGAAGAGGACAAGAAAUGGUGGCCAUUCACCAUCGCUAAGGGAGAAUCGGGCGAGGUGUUGUUGGAGGUGAAGAGUGGACUGUUGUCCUCUUUGAUGAGCGAUUGUGGACAUCAGACAAAGACGAGAAUGGAAGGAUUGUUCACGGGGUCGCGUACCCAGGAUGAUGGCACGAGGUUCUUAUUGCCUGAGCAGGUUAUAGGGAUGCUUCUCGCAAAGAUAAAGAGUGAUGCCGAGGCUUUUCUUGGGUACGACGAUCUGAACGCGGCUGUCAUUUCCGUGCCAGCGCUCUAUUGCGAUAGGCAGCGAUCCGCGACCAAAUUGGCGGCCGAGCUCGCAGGUUUCACGGAUGUGCAGCUAGUCAGCGAAUCGACGGCGGCUGCUUUGUGCUAUGCCCAGCACACAGGGUUAAUCUCCUUAGGCAGCUGCUCUGACGUCGGAACUCAAGCGAGGACGAAGAUCCUUGUUUUCUCGCUGGGUGGAGGAAGCUUUGAAGUCGCUCUCAUUACGAUUUGUGGCAGGCAGCUCACCGUCGACUCAGUGGAAGGCAAUCCAAGCCUCGGAGGAAUGGAUUUUGACCACAAGAUGAUGGAGUUACUACUUUAUGGAAAGCAGGAGCCGUCUCGUCGGACUACCACUUUGAGCGCCAGCACGUUGGUGGGGCUGAAGACAGCGAGCGAAAAAGCGAAGAAGGAUCUGUCUUUGCUUACAGACGCUCCGGUGCUGGUUGAGAGUUUCCGCGGCGAUGACGAUCUCAACGUGAUGGUUACCCGCAAAGAAUUUCAUGAACAAUGUAGGAGUUUGCGCGAAGAGUGCAUGAGGUGCGUCCGUCUGGUCUUGGAUGCAGGCAAUGUGAGGGAACUCAGGGAAGUUGUGUUGGUUGGUGGAUCGACACGCAUUCUCGACGUCGUGGAGAUGCUUAGGACGGGCCUCCACAUAGAGCCCAAGGCCCAUCCUUUUCAAGACGAAGCGGUUGUGCGGGGGGCAGCGCUCUUUGCUGAUUACAGUGAGCAAGUUAGCGAGGGGCAUCCCUUCACCAUUGAGUACUUCGACUGUAAGAGAGGGCAUCACCGCCAGUACGUGGAUAAUACAAGACCGACGGACCACGUGUUGCCACCUCUCGAGUAUUGGUCGCGGAAUCAAGAGUCUGAUCAGAUGUGUCUGCACGUAUAUGAAUUUCAGAAAGCUGGAAAACUACACAUACCAGCCGGCACAGUAGCGGUGAAGGCAGGGCGGAAGGGCGUUCUCCCCAAGCUCAGGAUUGACCGAUGCGGGAUUCUCGGCCUUGACCAGCGACAGUCGUCAACGGCUGCUGUGCUUCAAAAAACGUGGGAACGACCUCCAGUGGUGGUCGAGUGUUGGAAACAGCUCAACGAGAAGCUCACUUUGCACGAGAGGCGAAGCGCGGAGAUAAGCACCGCGAGAAACCAAUGGACGCAGUACAUGAACGAGGUGGAGAAGCGAGAGUUUUCAUGCCCGCGUUGGCUGUGGAGCACUAUAUUAGAAUGGAAGCGUGAUUUCGAGCGAUGGCUGGGCAACGAGGCGCUGGGUGGUCGCGUCGAGCCGGGGGAAUUUACUGCGCGGUUUGACGACUUCCGAAGGGCGUGCCGAUAUGCCUUCGGAGAGCUGUGGGAGAGGUCGCUAUGGGGAAGGAGGUUGAUGGUGGUCGACUGCUGGGAGUCCACGUACGUUGACGACUGCCUUAAGAAUUUGGCAAACAGAAGGCUAGGUCUUUGUGACGUUGUCGUCUCCAUGCGGCUCCGGGAGCUUUGGAAGAUAAAGGAACAGAACGCAGAAAUCAAGGGUAUCGAUCUUGCCGCAGAUUGCGGCUCUUCACUCUGUGCUUCUCCUGAAGUCUUAAAAGAGAACGGCAUCCCUUACGUGCUGCUUUCGGCAUGUCCCGUAUGGCCUUCGGCGGAUGGCGGACGUCUCUGCUUGGAGUCGAACAAGGUCAUUGGUGAGCACGUAUCCGUCGCUGUGCAAGCCGGUCUUCGGGUCAUACUGCGGCUUGGACGAGAUGAUUGUCAGGCCGGAAAGAACAGCUACCUGGCUCCGGAGCUGAUGGCGGAGGAGAGUUACUGUGAAGCCCAGCUUAAGGGCAUUAUCAGUCCGAUUGUCCGCGAUUGGCGAAACGUAGUUGUCGCUUAUUGGCCUCCACCGUAUGUGUCUUGGCCAUCGUCAUUGCAUGGAGAGAGCGCUGCCGCGCUGCAGCAGAGUCAGGUUAUUCAUACGGCUCGACACAUACGAAAGGUCAUCGGGGAUUUGGUGAGUACGAAGGCGGCCGAGACAACGUGCAUCCUUUUAGGCGGAUGCGCGACGCUCGAGAUGUGGGAUGCCCUCAUCCGGCAGAACGACAUUGACGGCUUUUUCUUCGAAGGUGGGUUCCGAGACCCUCUCCUCGUCGAGAAACUCGAUCAUACCAGUCGAGAGAGGACGGGCAAAAUCUUGCUUUGCAGCGGGGCAAACGGAAAUGCCACACUGGGCAAGCAUGCCUUUGAGCGGCUCAGCCAGGAUCAGACGGGCAGAGAAGAGGUGGUCUGGACGACUAAGGCGAACGUAAGAAGCGAUAGUCCCGAUGACGUUCGCGCGGACGCCGCGAUGCCUCGAAUAGAGGAGGCUAUUAUAAGUGACCAUUCUUCGAAUGAAAACGAGCGGCGUAAGGUGAAGAUCAUCCCUGUUUCGGACGGACGCAUUGGAGAGGAGCUAACGGAGGCAAUAGAUAGGCAGCUUCGAUGGUUGAUAGAGGAGCUGAAGCGAGCUGAUCGUGAAGGCGAGGAGGUUGUCGUCAUCGAGUACAGACCUGCGCGAGAUCAUCUUCCCGUAGUUAUUGAGGCCACUCACGCCUGCAUCAGAAGGUGGAUUCUAACGAACAUAAGCCCGGGCGCCGCAGAACGUGUGCGUAUUGUUUGUUCCCUGGACAAGCUAGCUCCAGAGUUGCAGAGGGAAAUCAUGGAGCAGCCCAAUGUAGAUGGCAUAGGCAUUCGAAUCCAGUCAACUGGAGAUUCGCCACCGAACGAACCGGAUCUGGGUAAUUUGUCACCGAACGAACCUCAACUUUUCCAGCGGCGAAUUGAAACGAUAAAGAGAGCGAAUAGGGAAUGGAAGUGGUACAUCACGGAAGUGAAGAAGCGAGAUUCUUUGUGCCCUCGCUGGCUGUGGAGUUUGAUAUCAGAAAUGGAGAGUGACAUGGAGCAAUACCUUGCCGAGGUGGCAGUCGACCAAGUGGAUAUCGAGCAGUUUUCCACGCGGUUUCACGGAUUCCGAAGGGCGUGUGAAUAUGCCUUUGGAAACUUGUGGGAGAGAUGCUUGAGGGGAAGGAGGUUCUUAGUGGUCGACAGCUGGGAGUCUAACGAUGUGGACAAGUGCCUGACAAAUUUUCAUGCAAACAGAAGCCGAGAUUGCUUAGACGUGGUCGUCUGCAUGGAGCUCAAGGAGCUUCGGAAGACGAAGGGAACUAAGUUUAAAACGGAGGGAAUCGAACUCGCGGCACCGGCCGUUUCCGCCGAAGUUACUUGCGAGGGCCCAACGAAGGGAGGGAUUUCCUACGUUCUGCUCCAGGCCGGGCCACCGGAGAUGGGUUCUAGCAAUGGGGAAGAUGUCUGCUCUAAGUGGAACAGGGUUGUUCGUGGAGAUGUGUCACUAGCUAUGCGCUCCGGUCUUCGGGUCGUACUGCGGCUUGGACAGAAAGAUUCGCGAGACGACCAGAACCAUAAUGUCACUUAUAAGCUCGAGGACGAGAAGCGUCUCUGUGAAGCGCAACUUAAGGAAAUUAUCGGUGGGAUGGGACAGGACUUGCGAAACAUAGUUAUCGCUUACGAGCCUCCACUGCUGCAGAACGGCGUACUACCGCCCAAUCACCUAGUAGACACAGCUGGGCACAUACGAAAGGUAAUCCGCGGGUUCAUGAAUAUUGAAGCGGCCGAGGCUGUACGCAUCCUUAUCGGCGGAUGCGCGACUGUGGAGAUGUGGGACGCCCUCAUCAAGCAGAAUGAGAUUGACGGCUUUCUCUGUGAUGGCGGAUUUCAAGAUCCUCUCCUGGUCAAGAAGCUCGAUCAGCCCAGUCAGGAGAGGAGGGGCAAAGCCAUACUUUUGUCCAUGGCGAACGGGAACGCCAGUCUGGCCAAGGAUAAAAUUGAAUGCCUUCGGAAAGUCAGCGGUGACCUGAUGCCUGGCGAAGAGCUGCUCUGGAUAACCGAGGAGUAUGACAGAACUGAAACUGCAGGAGCGCUUGGCCAGAAAGGGAGUGGCUCCGUUGAUAGGUCGUGGAGGGUGGGCGCUGUGAUUGAAUACCAUCGCGUAAAGGGACUCAACCAGCGAAAGGUGAAAAUCCUCCCCAUCUCUGAGGGCCACUUCGAAGAGCAGCUUUCAGGCUGGAGCGCGGAGCUGAAGCGAGCUGAUCAUGACACGGACCUGGUUGUUGUCGAGUACAGGCCUGCGCUAAGUGACGACAAACCAGACGAUCUUUGUUCCUCCAUCGAGACCGCUCACGCCCGCAUCAGAGGUUGGCUGUUGACGGAAAUCAGCCCCGACAUGGCAGAAGCAGUGCAUAUCGUUUAUUCACCUGUCGAGCUGAAGCCAGAAACGGACGGGGUUAUCAUGAAGCAACCCAACGUGGACGGCGUAAGCCUGCGACUUGAGGACGUGGCGCGAGAUUCUUCAGAGGAGCAGAUGCCAGUCCGCGUAAUCAGAACAGCCAGCUCAUCCGGGCGCGCUCUUGUUUUUUCGAUACCCCAAGACAGUUUGCCUGGACCGAUCCAACCUCUCGUUCUAAGCGUGACAAACACAGGCGACACACGUCCGAACAGAAAGGAGGUCAGCAAUAAUGCUGCGCCUAUUCUUCAAACUAUCCAGGGAACAUGUGACAUCGGUGAGGCCUCAACUGGUCUGGAGGUCCAAUUCAUACUUAGCGGGCUUCGACAAGGGCAGGAGAGCCCCGAGAAUUUCAUCAAACAGAACGAGAGCAUUUUCCGGGAACUGGUCAAGGCCAUGGAGAAACUGGCUACGAACAAGGUGAAGGUGGUGGGGGUUGACGAAAUGGUAAACGAAGAUAAAUGCAAUCAUUCCGCAGUGGUGGCACCGCGGAACGAGACUGGAGAUGCUUGAUCAUAAACGGCUACUCUGACAGAUCGCUCGGCGGGUUGGAGUUCCUUUCUUGAAUGUCAAACACGUC